GUAUUUAGUAGUUAUAUCACAAAUACAAUGAACGAAUAGAGUGAGGUUAAUUAAGGUAGUUUUAUUUUAUUAUGAGUACACCGCCUGUUUUUUAUUUUAAAUAAUAAGCAAAAGAUUUGAGCGCUUAUAUAGUUUAACUAGACCCCUUUGUCCUUCCUUUGUAUAUUCCAAAUUAUGUGGUGCCUUGUCUGCUGGUACAGUCGGUAUGGAGUCGCAGGUCAUCACUAACCCAGAGGAGAUCACCACCCUGUACAGGGAGCACAGCCGCUUUCCCUCCCUGUCCAAAGCCUGUGUUGGACCGGUGAUUACUUCCCAGUAUGGAGGCAAAUACAGCAACAUCUACACAGAAUGGAGCCAGCGGGAUUUGGAACGCAAUGAGAACGUCAAGUUCUGCAGGCAGUACAUCGCGUUCCACGACGACAAGUCCAUCGUCUAUUCUGGUCCGUCUGGAAACUGCACAGAGAUAAAGGGAGAGCUGCUGAGCAGAGACUCCCCGUCAGGAGCGAUGAAAGCUGUCAUCAGGGAGUGCAGCAACAAAGGAGAGGAGAAACAAUUUCUCGAGAUCUGGAGCAAGAACUGCAAAGUGAAAAGCAUCAAUCUGACAGGACUGAAGAAACAUGGCAAAGUCUUUGACGACGACCAGUUUGGAUGCCUGGUGUGGUCUCACUCGGAGACCCACCUCCUGUACGUGGCAGAGAAAAAGCGUCCGAAGACGUGCUCGUUUUUUGAGACGGAGUCCCCAGAGCUGAGUGGUCUGGGGGAUGAGGUGGAAACUCUGAAAGCCGACAAGAAAGACAGCGUCAUCAAGGGGGAGCAGUUUGUGUUCUAUGAAGACUGGGGGGAAACCCUGGUGAACAAGAGCGCUCCAGUCCUGUGUGUCCUUGAUGUAGAAAGCAACAACAUCUCCGUGCUGGAGGGGGUCCCAGAGAACAUCUCACCUGGGCAGGCGUUCUGGGCUGCUAACGACACCGGGGUUGUCUUUGUGGGGUGGAGGCACGAGCCAUUCAGGCUGGGACUCAAGCACUGUCCCAAUAGAAGGUCCUCCUUGUUCUACGUGGAUCUCAGUGGUGGUAAAUGUGAGCAGCUCUCCUCGGACACGAAGGCGGUGUGCUCCCCCCGUCUCAGUCCGGAUCAGUGCCGGAUCGUCUACCUGGAGUGUGGGGUGUUCGGGCCCCAUCAGCAGUGCAGCCGGCUGUGCAUGUAUGACUGGUACACCAAAACGACGUCAACAGUGGUGGACAUCGUCAGUAGACCCAGAGAGGAUGGCUUCACUGGGAUCUACACCUCCUCCCUGCCCGGGUUCUGCUGGUCGGCUGACAGCCAGCGUGUCCUGCUGAACUCCCCUCAGAGAAGCAGGAAGGAGCUGCUUGUGGUGGACAUAAACACAGGGGCUGUGGAAUCCCUUACCGCCGGUUCAAGCAUGGGGAGCUGGACACUGCUGACCAUUGACCGGGACCUCAUGGUGGUCAGCUGCUCCUCCCCUAACUGCCCACCCAGCCUGAAACUGGGCUUCCUCCCGCCAGCGGGCUCCGAGGCUGUGAGCUGGGUCUCUCUGGAAGAGUCUGAGCCUAUCCCUGAGAUUGAGUGGAGAGUGCUGACCUUCACCUCUCCUCUUGAGCAAGAGAACCAGACAUACCCCGGCUUGAGUUACGAGGCUCUGUUCCUUAAACCGGCAAAAGCGAAAGAAGGAGAAAAGCUGCCUCUGAUUGUGAUUCCACACGGAGGCCCGCACUCCGUGUUUGUUGCGGAGUGGCUCCUGUCUCAGGCUGUCCUGUGUAAGAUGGGCUUUGCGCUGCUUCUGGUGAAUUACAGAGGCUCGAUCGGAUUUGGCCAGGACAGCGUCCUCUCUCUGCCUGGAAAUGUAGGAGACCAGGAUGUGAAGGAUGUGCAGUACUCAGUGGAGAGCGUCCUAAAGACGGAGUCGCUCGAUGAGCAGAAGGUUGCUGUGAGUGGAGGUUCGCACGGCGGCUUCCUGGCCUGCCACCUGAUUGGACAGUACCCCGAGUUCUACAAGGCCUGUGUGGCCAGGAACCCUGUUAUCAACCUGGCCUCCAUGAUUGGGAGUACAGACAUCCCCGACUGGUGCAUGGUGGAGGCUGGCUUUGACUACAGCACUGACGCACUGCCUGACCCUGCUGUCUGGGAGCAGAUGUUGAAUAAAUCUCCUAUCAGACAUGCCCCUAAGGUAAAGACUCCUGUUUUACUAACUCUGGGAGAGGAUGACAAACGAGUUCCCAGCAAGCAGGGAAUUGAGUACUACCGUGCAUUGAAGGCGCUGGGAGUCCCUGUCAGGUUGCUGUGGUACCCCGGUAACAACCACUCCCUAUCCAAAGUGGACGCAGAGUCCGAUGGGUUCAUGAACAUCGCUCUCUGGAUCAGUCAGCACCUUAAACUGUGACCGCUGAAACCUUAAUGCUUUACUUCCUUAUGCAUGCGUUUCAUAGACAUGCAUCCAAUAUAGCAGUGCCAAUACAUCGCUACAGCACUUACUGGCUUCAUGUACUACAAAUGGGGGCUGAUGCCAGAAUCCCCUAAUGACCCGUGCAUCCAACCCAGCAAACGUAAUACGGGUCAUGCAUGAAGUAGCAGUCAUGCUUUAUUUUAAGGGCCAUUUUUUAGUUUAUUAACGGUUAACAAAUAUUGUUAAUUUUUAGCUUAUGGUUAGGGUCAGGGAUAGGGUUAGGGAUAAUAAAAAACCUGAUUUAAUAUCAUCAUAAUGAUCAUCCAUAGGGCUAUAGUGUUUGCAGUUUUAGCUGGCCUAUUAUAUAUUAUUAACUAACAAUUAACAGAAAAUAAAUAAUGUACAUUAACAUGUUUAUUAGCUGUUUGUUAACAGUUAAUAAACUAAAAAAAGGCCCUUAAAAUAAAGUGACCAAAAUAGCUCUUAAAUGGGCCAAAGGUUGUAUCCGAGUUCCUUACUUUUAAGUAUCAAACCCUGCAGUUCAUUUCAAAAAGGAUAUCUUAAAAAAAAAAAAAAAAAAAAAAAAACAUUUUAAAUUAUAAGGCAUGACUAGCCAUGUAAUUGCAUUGUAAUAUCAGGGUAUUGUAAAUGCCAAUGGUUGCUAACUGGAGUGUACAGUAGGUACAUGACAAUGACCUUGUGAGUGAUGCAUUGUUACCUGAUGUAAUUAGAGUACAUUUCCCUGGAAUGACACGUGUAUUCCACCAGCAGGAUCCAUUGGUAGUUACCCAGUUAUUACAUGUUAAUGUAUGCCCUGUAAUCUAAAGCACUUCUGUAACAUCUUUAUAACACUACAUUUUCACUAAGGGCGCUUGCAGUUGCCUAAUUUAGAAUACUCUACUUUGGGCAUAUCUGGAAGCACAUAUUGUGUGUAUAGCUUGGAAGCAAGUGCAAAGAGAAAAGAUCUCAAUAUUCUCACUGUUAGUAAACUUUAUUGGGAGCCAUGCAAGCUGUUUGUUGUAUUAACAUUUAUAAAAAAGUUCUUGUGUGGCUUCCAAAUAAGAUUAGUAGGGACUGAAGUCAUCUUCUGAAGUCAUCUGUACUGUUUGUGUUGAGCUUCUUGCUCUGACUCCCUCCCAAAGCCCUGCUGGAAGCCAAGGAUAAGUUUAGUGUUGUGGUCACCGCUUCUUAACGACGUUACACUCUAAUUUAUCAGGAGAAUGUUUCUAACUAAACCAGAAGCAUUUCUUUGGGAACAUUUACAUACUGGCUUUUUUUGUACUACUAGGUGUAAAAAGCAGGUUGGUUUGGGUGCUUAUAUUGAUGUAUAUUACUUUGUUAAAAAACGCUGUUCAUGUAAUUAUGAAAAAUGAUAAUAAACAGGUUAAUCUUUCACGCAAA